CAGGAGCGAAGGUAUAACUUGUGGUAAUAUCAGUACAGAGGAUGGCUGUUGGGUUGUUCUCAUCUGUCACAUUGUAGAUGAGGACAGAGUACCAGAUAUCAGAAUCAACACCAGUCACAUCAAGAGAGAAUGGAGCACUCCAUGAGAUGGUCACUGAGCUGGCAUUGCUAGUUUCUCUCAAAUUCAAUGGGGCUGACAACAGACCUGUUAAUAAUGUAGUAUCACUACAUCACUCGAUAAUCUUGAAAGUGAACAGUACCUUG